ACUACUUCAACAGCAACAACAUGGCUUUGAUCAUUUUGCAUUUUUUGACGGUCGUUCUAACAGUGGUUAUUGCUUCACAUCUAUAUCGCCCUAUUGCCGUGAAAGAACUGAAAAAUGAAGCCUGUGGACUUCCUCCAGUCACCGGAGAUUGUAAGGCUAAUGUAAAACGUUACUACUUCGACCCUUUGCUGAACGAGUGCAAGGAAUUUGACGAUGGUGAAUGCUCCAGCAAUGACAAUAACUUUCAGGACAAGGGUCUUUGUGAAUAUAUCUGCCAGUUCGAUAGACCUUGUACAAUGAUAGGAUGUCUUGAAAAGGCAUGUACAGCACAGACCUGUCCAAAUCAUCCUGACGCCAAGUGUUUUGCUGUGUGUGAAUGUGAAUCUUUCUGGAUUCUGGACGGUAAAGACGUGUCCAGCAAGUGUAUGAGUAAUGACGGCUAUAGGGUUAUCGAAAGCUAAAGAUCAAUAAAAGAGCAUUAAUUC